AUGCCGGAGGGCGCGAGAUUUGCUGCCUCAGCCGUCAAUCCUGAGGCGACAUCGCUGGAGGUUGUGUCCGGUCUUUUGGCCUACUGCGACUGGGAUGUGAUGUCGUGGCCCAAUGAUCCGGCCAGAGCUGUCGCCGACAGUGGGAACGCGGUCGCCCGUUCAUCUGAGCAGAGCAAUUCUGUCACGUUAUUGGGCUUGAAGCUGGAAUUUGCAGAUGGAUCACACGGCAUUGCAGUUGCGACUCACGGCUUUGUGGAUGUGAAGACAGCGCAGGAACCUAUCGCGCACAAAGAGACGAGCUGGCUGGCCAAGAACAAAUUGAUGAUCCUGAAGACGACCGCAUUGAAGGUCAAGGAAUACUUCAAGAUGGGCGCUGUCGCUGACUCGCCUUUGGAGAAAAGCGUUUGGGUUGUGCAGUGA